UUGCGCACUGAGAGCUCACACCAUAUGUGCUCUGUCCCAGUGCGCGGGUCUGUGGAGAGCCGGGUGCGAGAGGCGGCAGCGCGGGGCGAACAGAGCCGAACGGAGAUCAAAGUCGGCCGGCGGACAGUGGGUCUGUGAGAGACCGAUUAGAAGGGCUGGGGCCCCGAGCGCCGCUGUUACGCGAUGGGGAAGAAACAGAAAAACAAGAGCGAAGACAGUGCCAAGGAUGACAUUGAUCUUGAUGCCUUGGCUGCAGAAAUAGAAGGAGCUGGUGCUGCCAAAGAACAGGAGCCUCAGAAGUCCAAGGGGAAGAAAAAAAAGGAGAAAAAAAGACAAGACUUUGAUGAAGACGAUAUCCUGAAAGAACUAGAAGAAUUGUCUUGGGAAGCUCAGGGCAUCAAAGCUGAUAGAGACACUGCCACAGUGAAGCCAACAGAAAAUAAUGAAGAAGAACCCACCUCAAAACAAGAUAAAAAAAAGAAAGGACAGAAAGGCAAAAAACAGAGUUUUGAUGAUGAUAGUGAAGAAUUGGAGGAUAAAGAUUCAAAAUCAAAAAAGACUGCAAAACCAAAAGCAGAAAUGUACUCUGGGAGUGAUGAUGAUGAUUUUAAUAAACUUUCUAAAAAAGCUAAAGGGAAAGCUCAAAAAUCAAAUAAAAAGUGGGAUGGGUCAGAAGAAGAUGAGGAUAACAGUACGAGAAUUAAAGAGCGUUCCAGAGUAGAUUCUUCAGGAGAAAGUGGUGAUGAAGCAGACGAAAUUUUGCAGUCUAGAAAAGGACAGAAAAAAAGUCAAAAAAACAAACCAGGUCCUAAUGUGGAGAGUGGGAAUGAAGAUGAAGACUCUUCCUUCAAAAUAAAGACAGUGGCCCAAAAGAAGGCAGAAAAGAAAGAGCGUGAGAAGAAAAAGCGAGAUGAAGAAAAGGCAAAACUGCGAAAGCUGAAAGAGAAAGAAGAGUUAGAAACUGGUAAAAAGGAUCAGAGUAAACAAAAAGAACCUCAGAGGAAAUCUGAAGAGGACGCUGUAAAAUCUAGAGUGGCUGUUGAUACUGGAGUACCCCCUGCCUCUGAUGAGAAAGGGGAGGCGCCCACAGCCACAGAAGAUGACAAUGAAAGCGACAAAAAGAAAAAAGAUAAGAAGAAAAAGAAAAUAGAAAAAGAAGAGAAAGAGAAGAAAAAAGGACCUAGCAAAGCUACCGUUAAAGCUAUGCAAGAAGCUCUGGCUAAGCUUAAAGAAGAAGAAGAGAGACAGAAGCGAGAGGAGGAAGAACGGGUGAAACGGCUUGAAGAAUUGGAGGCCAAGCGCAAAGAAGAGGAAAGAUUGGAACAAGAGAAAAGAGAACGGAAAAAGCAAAAAGAAAAAGAAAGAAAAGAACGCUUGAAAAAAGAAGGGAAACUUUUAACUAAGUCCCAGCGAGAAGCUAGAGCCAGGGCUGAGGCUACCCUCAAACUUCUGCAGGCUCAGGGCGUUGAAGUGCCAUCAAAAGACUCUUUGCCAAAGAAAAGGCCAGUUUAUGAAGAUAAAAAGAAGAAAAAAACACCACAGCAGUUAGAAAAUAAAGAAGUGUCUGAACCAAUAGAAUUAAGUGCUGUUGGAGAAGCUGUGGAACAAGGAGUACCAGAUAAAGAGUCACCACCUCCUGCUGACCCAGAAGAGGAAGAAGAAACUGAGGAUGCUGGAUUGGAUGACUGGGAGGCUAUGGUCAGUGACGAGGAGAGAGAGAAAGGAAACACGGUGCACAUAGAAGUGAAAGAGAACCCUGAGGAGGAGGAAGAGCAAGACGAGGAGGAGGAGGAGAGUGACGAGGACGAGGACGAGGACGAAGGUGAGAGCGAGGGCAGCGAAGGCGAGGAGGAGGAGGAAAAGGUGCCAGAGGAGAAGGAGACGGGGAAGACCGCAGACAAGAGGCCCAGUGGAGAGAUGAGCUCGGAGUCGGAAUACGACUCAGAUGAUGAUCGCACCAAGGAGGAGCGGGCCUACGACAAAGCCAAGCGGAGGAUUGAGAAACGACGACUUGAACAUAGUAAAAAUGUAAAUACGGAAAAGCUGAGAGCCCCUGUUAUUUGUGUACUUGGACAUGUGGACACUGGGAAGACAAAAAUUCUAGAUAAACUCCGUCACACACAUGUGCAAGAUGGUGAGGCAGGUGGUAUCACACAGCAAAUCGGGGCUACCAAUGUUCCCCUCGAAGCUAUUAAUGAACAGACUAAGAUGAUUAAAAAUUUUGAUAGAGAGAAUGUGCGGAUCCCUGGAAUGCUGAUUAUCGACACUCCUGGGCAUGAGUCUUUCAGUAAUCUGAGAAACAGAGGAAGCUCUCUUUGCGAUAUUGCCAUUUUAGUUGUCGAUAUUAUGCAUGGUUUGGAGCCCCAGACAAUCGAAUCUAUCAACCUUCUAAAAUCUAAAAAAUGUCCCUUCAUUGUUGCACUCAAUAAGAUUGAUAGGUUGUAUGAUUGGAAAAAGAGCCCCGACUCUGAUGUGGCUGCCACUUUAAAGAAGCAGAAAAAGAAUACAAAGGAUGAGUUUGAGGAGCGAGCAAAGGCUAUCAUAGUAGAAUUUGCACAGCAGGGUUUGAACGCGGCUUUGUGUUAUGAGAACAAAGACCCCCGCACAUUUGUGUCCUUGGUGCCCACCUCUGCACAUACUGGCGAUGGGAUGGGGAGUCUCAUCCACCUUCUGGUCGAGUUGACACAGACUAUGUUGAGCAAGAGACUGGCACAGUGUGAGGAGCUGAGAGCGCAGGUGAUGGAGGUCAAGGCUCUCCCAGGGAUGGGCACCACCAUAGACGUGAUACUGAUCAAUGGGCGUCUGAGGGAAGGGGACACGGUUAUCGUUCCCGGAGUGGAGGGGCCCAUUGUGACCCAGAUCCGAGGCCUCCUGUUACCCCCGCCGAUGAAGGAGCUGCGAGUGAAGAGCCAGUAUGAAAAACACAAAGAAGUAGAAGCAGCUCAAGGAGUAAAGAUUCUUGGAAAAGAUUUAGAGAAAACAUUGGCUGGUUUACCCCUCCUGGUGGCUUAUAAAGAAGAUGAAAUCCCGGUGCUUAAAGAUGAAUUGAUCCAUGAGUUAAAGCAGACACUGAAUGCUAUCAGAUUAGAAGAGAAAGGGGUCUAUGUCCAAGCGUCUACACUGGGGUCUCUGGAAGCUCUGCUUGAAUUUCUGAGAACAUCAGAGGUGCCCUAUGCAGGCAUUAACAUCGGUCCGGUCCACAAGAAAGAUGUUAUGAAGGCUUCAGUGAUGCUGGAACACGACCCGCAGUACGCAGUCAUCUUGGCCUUUGAUGUGAGAAUUGAACGGGAUGCACAAGAAAUGGCUGAUAGUUUAGGAGUUAGAAUUUUUAGUGCAGAAAUUAUUUAUCACUUAUUUGAUGCCUUUACAAAAUAUAGACAAGACUACAAAAAACAGAAACAAGAAGAAUUUAAGCAUAUAGCGGUAUUUCCCUGCAAGAUCAAAAUUCUCCCGCAAUAUAUUUUCAAUUCCCGAGACCCCAUAGUGAUGGGCGUGACUGUGGAAGCAGGCCAGGUGAAACAGGGGACCCCCAUGUGUGUCCCUAGCAAAAACUUUGUCGACAUUGGGAUAGUAACAAGCAUUGAAAUAAACCAUAAACAAGUGGAUGUUGCAAAAAAAGGACAAGAAGUCUGUGUCAAAAUAGAACCUAUUCCUGGUGAAUCUCCCAAAAUGUACGGAAGACACUUCGAAGCUACAGACAUUCUCGUCAGUAAGAUCAGCCGGCAGUCCAUCGAUGCCCUCAAAGACUGGUUCCGAGACGAGAUGCAGAAGAGUGACUGGCAGCUUAUUGUGGAGCUGAAGAAAGUGUUCGAAAUCAUCUAAUUUUUCCACGUGGGGCAGGAAUUGGAAUAAACGCAAGAAAAACGAGACAAAAAUGGAAUGGACGUAUCUGGACACUAAUGCACUUAAGUAUGGAAGGAAAAAAAUAGAUGUAUAAAUGUUUUCCAUGAGAAACCAAGAAACUUACACUGGUUUGACAGUGGUCGAUUACAUGUCCCCACGGUUCCAAUGUGCCUGUUCACUCGCCCACUCCUUCCCCAAUCCUGUACUGGCUGCUGUUUUAAAGUUUGCCCUUCCCCAAAUUUGGAUUUUUAUUACAGACCUAAAGCUCUUUCAAUUUUAUACUGAUUAAAUCAGUACUGCAGUAUUUGAUUAACCAAGCUUCUGCAGAUUUUGUGAUUCUUGGGAUUUUUUUGAUGUAAGAAAUACUUUGUGCAUAUCCUUCCCACGGUGAUUUUUUUUCCUGCCAUUCUUCUGCCAAUAGGCCCUUAGGAAUUUUUUUAAAUAGAAAAUUAGGCAUUCUAUUUAUCUUUUGUGAAACUAUGGUAUAAAGCCGGGCUGACUGCUGCUUUCUGCUUGUCUGAGUCCGUGGUAGUCAGUACCAGCUGCCUAUGCGUCCUGCCAGGCUUCCAGCUCAGCGCAGCUUCUCCCCAGGUCAUCAGCUCUUAAGGACAAGAAUUAUUUUAUUAACUAUUCCACCAUGUGCAGCAGCACGUUAACGUGAGGAAUUUUUAUAUACCAAUCUUAAUCUAGAAAAUCCUAUCAUGCAUACAUUUUUUGAUGAGGCACUCAACAGGGAAUUGAUUAUUUGAGCGUAGUGCUUCUGAAUUGUUGCAGAGACGUCAUAAUGGCUUAUCCACAUUAGUAAUCGGACUAUAGCUCAUUUUAUGGUUUCCCACAUGAGGACAGUCCUCUCCCCAGUUGAAGACAUCUAUUAGUGUUACUUUAAUUCCUAUGCCAGAUCUCUAGUAUCUACCUAUUUAUAGCACAGUGUCAAAUGAAGUAAAAAUGUGGGGUGUUUGAAGAAAAUGUUCCCAAGUAUUCACUGGCAUAGAAUUAUAAACUACUUUUAAAGUGUUAUGGCAUAACAUAUACAGCAUAAAAAUACUUUAUAUACAUCUGAAAAUCUGUGCCAUUCAUUACUGCAGUUUCUCAAGGGCCAACAGAGGCAAGGAAAACACCUCUACACCAUCUGGGAUGUAACUUUCCCAGGAAAAAAACGUAGUCUUCAAUCGUGUGUUGUGUGUUCUAAUUCAAAACAUGUAAAUUCCUCCACUUAGAAGUAAAGAUUUUCUUAACAUGC